AUGGUGUGUUUGGAGAGGUCCAAGGAUCGAUCCUCCAUGGGAAGCUUUACUGACGUAGAUCCCAAAACUACAGCAGGCCGUGUUGUAGUUAAUGAAGACAGGUUAAUUGCCAAUCGAGUGGACAAGUCAAUGAUUAGCGUGAGCUACAAGGGUGAGGAAAAUCCAUUUUCUGCAGAAGGGAUUUCAUCGUUGAAGAUGAAGGAAAUUGCGAAGGCUUAUUUACGGUCAACAAUUAAGAAUGAUGUCUCUGCAGUCCCUGCAUAUUUCAAUGAUUCUCAGGGACAGGCAACAAAAGAUGUCGGUAUGAUAACUGGUCUGGAGCAACCGGUUAUUGAUGUGUAUUUACUUUUAGAGUCUAUCAUUGGACCAGGUGGUUUGAAUGUACAGAAAGCUCACGAUGUUUUUAACAGAACUCCUGAACCAAAUUUGUUUUUAAGGAAUACAUUGAUCGUUGAUGUUGUAUUUGGAAUGGUCGACAUGGGCAGAAAUAUCAUUAAUUCAAAGUGUUUUGGAACAGAUUUUGGUGAAUCUCAAAUCUUCAAUGGGCCUGGUUCUGUAAGGAUUGAAAUGAAGAGCAGGGAUGUUGUUGUGCAUGGCUAUGCCGGUUGGAUUUCAUGGGGGAGAUUGUUGGGUAUAUGA